AUGGCCGCUCGAUCAGAGAACGAGCUUGGCGAGAAGUUUGAUAGGUGUUUAGCAGACACUUUGAUUAAAGUAGCUGGCGGAGCUGCAAUCGGUAUUAUAGCUUCUGUAGCGUUGUUUAAGUCGCGAUCAUUCCCGAUAUGGUUUGGAAGUGGCAUUGGUUUGGGUAUGGGAUGGAGUAACUGCCGGCAUGACUUGCAGAGCCCUUAUCUUUUAUACGGGAAAAGAGUAAAGGAGGAUACUUCUAAGGGGUUACAAACAUAUGCCGUCAAGCUGAUUUAUUUUUCGGACUUGACGUCAGAUAAAUAUUUAAUAUUAGUUCGGGAUUUACUUCUGAUGGAUGGCAAAGGUGUGGACUGCGGUGACCUCCUAGCAUUUCAGGAUGCCUUGGGAAAAAUGAGAGUAGUUGAUGAUAAGAUCCUCUUCGAACUAAACGUUGCUCUUCCUAGCAAUUCAUUUUCUGCUAACGUUGAUAAAGCCGAAAGAUGUAGAGAGAUUCAUGAACAGUUGAUAGAAAUGAGAAAACAUCGGAUGAAUUUAAUACAACGGUGUAUAGAGGUAAAUCAAGCGAAAAUUACCCAAAUGAGAAGAGAGGACGCACCUCCCAGUGAUAUAAGAAUUGUGCAGAACACGCUACGUUUGAUAAGGUCGGAACUUGAUGUCGAAGGUAUAGUGAACGAGAGAAGUGAAAAAGCUAUACACGAUCGUUGUCGGGCUUUCGUUUAA